AUGGGUAAGAAGCGCUCUUUUGACUUUGCCUUCAAGUCCUCUAUCUAUAGCGACAGACUUCUGCACGUGCGCGCCGAAGGAGAACGUCCAGACAAAGUUGACGAAGAGAAGCCUUUAUCAGAAGACAGACAGCCAGCUGAGCCUGAAGAGGAAGGCACAAAAUCCGGCGAAGAACGAAGGAAUGAAUGUGAGGCAGACAUCGAAGCCUUCCAGCAGCUCAUCCGUUUCUUCUACACGGAAGAACUUCCAGGGAACGAUAGUGCCACUCUCAUCCGCCUCCUCAAAGUUGCGGACCGCUUCGAGAGCGCCCUCUGCAUGGAAAGCUGCGUCUCUGCUUUGCUCCAAGCGCCUCGAUCUCUAGAGACAGCUCUCCUGUACCUCUCCUUACCAGAAGCAGUCAAGUCUUCCCCAGCAGCAAAGCCCCUGGUGUCCUCCGUCUCGGACUUCGUAGGCUGGAGCUUCGAUCAGGUUCUCAGCGCAGACAACAUUGCAGAAAUGCCGUUCAGCAUGAUCAAACAUCUGCUCGAGUCUGCUCCGCUCGGAAGCGGAUGCGAAGAGAUUCUCUUCAAGUGUUUCUUAGAGUGGGCCCGUAGUGGGGGUGACGUCAGCAGCGGGAGCAACGUCAGCAAGGACGGGCGAGAGGCCAAGGUCAAGGAGCUAGCGGGGUUCCUGAAGUAUCCGUUCAUGGAUCCGAGGUUUCUUGAGACGGAGGUCGCCUCAGCCCCCGAGAUGCAAACCCCCGUGUGCCAGUUGCACCUUCAGGAGGCGCGCACGUUUUGGCAAGGGUCGGAACAGGAGCGCGAGCAGAUGCGCGCGCAGAAUCCCACCUGCCGUUUACGUCCGAGGGAAGGAUGCCCGGAGUCCGCUCGCGUCAGCAAAUCUGAGAAGGGGGAGUGGGUGGUAGACGUCAGGUUCCCUGUUGAAGAGGUGACAGGUUUUAAGGUUGAGCAAGUAGUCGAGAAGAACGUCAAAAUACGGCCUGAUCUGUCUUGCUGCGUUCAAUUGAUCCGUAAGGCGCCCGACGAGAAGAAGAGAGCGGACGACGGCCGCGUGGGUGUGUUCGUGGGUCUGGUAGGUCCGGCUCGAAGAGACGGUGCUGCUGUAUCUGCAAGAUGGAGAGUUGGUUUUCGAAAUCAGGAAACGGGACGGUACGAGCGAAAACUCGAUGGCGGCAGCUGCUCCGAUACAUUUACGCGCGUCUUCGCUGACGAUAUCCUUUGUUUGGGGGUGAAGGACAUUGGUAUCGAGUGGAGGAACUUCUGCCUUAGGGAAGGCCCGUUCCUUGUUGACGGCAACCUGUACGUCCGGGCUGCCUUUGAAAAGCUAGUAAUAGACCGUGCAGGAUAA